UGUUCUGUUUGGUGUUCGUUCGGCUAGUUCGCUGCGCGAGGAAAGAAGUUUAGAUUGUAAUCCAUAACUAGCAUUAGUAGCUGUGUUUCACCAUUGGAAGCUCCUUUGUCUAAAAUAUUGCGGUGGCGUUGCAAUUCUUCACAUGAGUUUAAUAGAACGUGAAACGUAAUGAAUUUGUUAAAAUAAAAUAGAAAUAUUUACAGCAGCGAAAUGAUUCAUGCUGUAACUGUUGUCUGAUAUUUUGGUUGCGUCUUCAAUCUUAAGAAAUGCAGUAAAACGAGAAAAUUGAUUCCGGAUAACGCAUAGGGAAGGAGAAAAUCUGGGACAAAGUGAAUGAAGAAUUUUCAGCAGAUAGCGCAAUCAGCGUAAACAAAUUUAUUAUUAUUGCAAACAGCAUAAUGUUGAAGACAAAAACACAGCAACAGAAAAACAUCCUCAAUACCAUUAUCAGCGCCCUGCCGGACAAUCGGCCGAUCACUUCCCUACAGCUGGUAGAGGAUUUCGAGAAAUGCCCGAAAAACUUUCAGCCGAUAAACAAAACCUACGAUCAGGAUCAGGAUGCCGAUCUCUAUCGUGAAAACAUAUUGUUCGGCAAGCGGAGCUGCCGCUAUUUGUGUCAAUCGAAAACCGAAGGUCUGCCGGAUUAUAUUCUGGAAACGCUGAAAGUGAUCGGCGAGAAGGAAGUUUUACCGGAGGGGUUUUCCCAGUUAACUCGAACGGCGGACAGUGAGCAGAAAGCAUGGCGCAAGAAGCAGCUGGUUUAUCGGUUGGCCAAGAAGGGUGUAGCAAAGCAAGCAAUUACCGACGUCAUCUUGUGCUCCAGAUUACGACAGGCACCGGACGGAUUCAUCUUAGCUGGUGCAAACAGCAUAAUGUUGAAGACAAAAACACAGCAACAGAAAAACAUCCUCAAUACCAUUAUCAGCGCCCUGCCGGACAAUCGGCCGAUCACUUCCCUACAGCUGGUAGAGGAUUUCGAGAAAUGCCCGAAAAACUUUCAGCCGAUAAACAAAACCUACGAUCAGGAUCAGGAUGCCGAUCUCUAUCGUGAAAACAUAUUGUUCGGCAAGCGGAGCUGCCGCUAUUUGUGUCAAUCGAAAACCGAAGGUCUGCCGGAUUAUAUUCUGGAAACGCUGAAAGUGAUCGGCGAAAAGGAAGUUUUACCGGAGGGGUUUUCCCAGUUAACUCGAACGGCGGACAGUGAGCAGAAAGCAUGGCGCAAGAAGCAGCUGGUUUAUCGGUUGGCCAAGAAGGGUGUAGCAAAGCAAGCAAUUACCGACGUCAUCUUGUGCUCCAGAUUACGACAGGCACCGGACGGAUUCAUCUUAGCUGGCGAGAUCAAUGGCCUCCUAAUUUGCUACAAGACAACAUUGGUGGCCCACCGUGCACCACCAAGUGUUCCAUCGAGACAAAGCAUCACUGAUCUGGAAAGAACGAUUGAAGAUCUCAAAAUUCAAGCGGCUCACGACAAGCCUCUUCACUCGCUGCCUGCCGAACCUGUGGAUCAUGACUAUGAACAAUUGCUGCCAUCAUAUCAACUCUCACCUAACCGACCAGCCCCUAGACCACCGGCGUAUUCCACUGGAACGCUAAACGUUCACACCGAAAUGGAAGGAGUGCCAUUUGUAUUGAAUCCUGCCCUCUGUAAAUACUCUUAUGAGAUUCCGACGUUGUAUGCUGCUGAUAGUGCAACAAAAGAUUAUGAUUUCCAACUCGAACGACAAAUACUCUGUACUACAAAGACAACGAAUGCUCAAAACAAGAAUCCGUUCUUCCACUAACAUCGGGGUGCCGUGUUCACCUGUUCAUCGUAUUGCCAAGGAAAGUGAUCCAUCGCGAAUCGCGAGCUCCGAGCAAGUACACUUUUUUCCGGUAUUAGUAACUUUACAUCUAGUACUUCCUCUAAUCAUUUUCACCGAUGUCGUCCCAAUUUACAUCCAGUUAGAAACGUAUUUUUCUACCUUUUGUAGAAUUGAAUGUUUGUUUUAGGCAGCCAUCGAAGGUAAAACCUUACCAAUAGUAAGCUAAGAGCUAGAAUCAGAGUUUAUUACCCACAUGUAUUGGUUUAGUAUCUAUAUUAUUAAAAUUUAUAUUGACACAGCCCGCCAGUAAACACUAGACGAAAUAGUCCUGUUACCGAAAGAAAUAAAUGACCGUUGCAUUUUGGCAGAGCCGAAGUUUUGUACGCCAGCCACGAGAAUUUCUUGCCGUUUCAAAGUAUCUACAGUUUGUUAUCCACCCGCGUGAUGUUGUUCCAGAGAGAGCAUGACCGAGAAAGAUGUCUAACUUUGAUCAGCCAAGAAAAGGUUGUUUUUAAUGUAGUAGAAUAAAUUAAAUUUAUUCCAUAAAUUAUUGGCCGUCAGGUAUGAAUUACGGUAAAAAUGUAGUUUAUUUCCACAGUAAAUGCUAUCUAGUAUUUCUAUAGAUUUAUCUUUUAUCUCUAAGACAACGACCGAUUGCAAAUAUUAUAGGAAUAAGUGCUACGAUUGUAGAUUCUUAAGAUCGUAUUACAUUUGGUAUAUGGGGAAUUUUACAUAAAGCCACAACAUGGAAAAACAAAUAAAUUGGGAAAAUCACAGUGAUAAGGAUAAAAUUUACGCGAGUAGCGUGUAUGUACUCUUGAUUUUUACAUGCUAUUCUGUUCACAUUUCUGUGGUAAGAAAUCGGAGUUUUGUAGAAAUCUGGAUCGAUUUUGCAGCAGUGUGAGAGAAAUGGCCUAAAAAUCUUGUUAGAUCUGUGGUAUCGUGUAAGCUAUCCGGUUAGAUUCCCAGUCAGGUCGCUGUAUCAUACGUCUUUUGUAGGUUCUCGUGGGUGGCCAAUUUGGGUACUGGAAUACUUAGAGAAAAACCCAAAAUUUGUAGUAAAUUUAAAAAAAAAAUCACAAAAAAAACUUCAUCUGCGCAAAUAAACGACUAUUUGCCUCUUUUUUAGAAGCCUGAUUUUUUUUUCAAAUUUCAAAUAACUUCGCCUGGUAAACUCUUAUCUUCUCGCGAUUGUAAAUGGUGCCAUCAAGCUUCAAAUGACUGUUUUUCGAUAUUUCUCCAUACGUUUUUCCAUAUAAACUUCCAAUGAGUUUAGCACCGCCUAAACGUUGACCGUUUUGGGCAAAAUUUGCCCAUACCAUCAGGGAAUGAAAUAGAACGGAAUAAAAGGACCGCUCAUCAAAAAAUUAAAAUAAGUUUGUUCCAUACUACUAAUUUGGGCCACUCUAAUGUUGAUUGAAAUUUCAAAAUAGGUACCAUAAGCUUAUUGGAAUAUAUUUAAACUCAAAUGGUUCUACACUGAUGUACAAUUUGAGUGCAUUUGACACAAAUUAGAUGUUUGGUUGCUUUCAACUUGAACCAAACCAAGUUCCAGUUAGACGCAUUUUUGAUUGAAAACAUCAACUAGCGAAAUUCUAAUGAUCGAUUUCGUCUGAUAUAAAUAAAUACAAAAUUGUUAGGUAACUUAAUUAAGAAACCAGUUGAUUACUAUUGAAGUGCUUCAUUCUAGGAACCGUAUGUAGGCAAGCAUACUGUUACGCUUAUGAUUGUAAACAAUCAUCCAAAAGUGUUCUUAUGUUAAAUAACCCCAUAUCAAAUGUUAUAGUCGUAAAUUAUGUAGAACUGAUCUGAACAAAAAGAGACAAUUGGCACUGAGUAGAACUUAGAUUUUUUGUAUCAUUAAAUAUUAUACAAUUGGGUUUAUCGUUAAUUAAAAAACUAAUCAAUUA